GCUGCGGUGAAGUUCUACAAGAUGCGGCCCUCAGGAACCGGUUGACGUGAGGGAAAUGCUUUCUGACCGCCUGCGCGGUGAGGGGACGUUUUUCACCUUUUAGCUCCUUCUGCACGACAAGAGGGAGACGGAAGCUUGGAGAACGUGGCCAGAGCGUCGGGGAAGUUGGGCGGCGUGGCCGGUGUGUUGCUGGGGGUGCACAUCUGCGGGGGUGUCAGAUCGGCCAUGGAUGGUUUUUGGAGUCCCAACCUGCCAACUCCCCAUCACUGAAGAUCUGGCUGCAUCCCGCACCAGGGGAUGCUCGAAGCCGAGCUCUGGUGUCCUACUGAGCACUAGCACAAAGCCAAGAGCGUUGCUCAGCAGCACCAACCGCGUCUGCCAGGAAUUAAUCUUCAACAUGAACCAGGGGCAGCAGAAGGCAGUCACCAGCACCACAGACAGCAAAGGAGAAGUCUGCAAGAUCCCAUAAGGCUGGAAUAGACUGUUGGCAUCUGCUCUCCACGGCAAAAGUGGAGGAGAGCGUAGAGGGAAAAGAAAUGAAAGUCAUUGACAGUGAAAAAUGCGUGGCGAAACACAGGAGGUUCUGACACAAGAAGACCCUCCCAGGAGCAAGCCAUGACUUCUGGAGCCAGCAUCUCUGGCCCGGGAUGAACGCUUGCCCAUUGCCGUGCGUCCACUUGGGGUGCAAAACUGGGGUUUGAGAGGGGCUGUUGCCCCCCGGUGUCUUGCUCUGCCUGGAGAUGUCUGUGCAGAGGUCCCUGGACAGGACGCCUCUUCCUCAGUCAGCGCUGGCAAAAACCAUCUGGGGACACGCUCUGUCCCCUGGAACUCUUCCUUGUGUGACUCGCAGCUCACGUGUGACAGCGCUGCUCCAAACUUGGCCAUCUCUAAGGACCGGCUUUCUUUGGGAUGUGGGGUUCACUCUCAGAGGAAUCAUGGCAGCCCUGCUUUCUGUGUUGGGGUCUCCCUUUCAGCUAUGGAGCAGCUUCAGUUCGCAGUGCAAAAGGAUCUUGCAAUGGCUGUGUAGCUAGCAGCAGCGUUUCUGAAGCAUCAGAGGAGAUGUCAGAGCCAUGAGGCUGAGGGACGGGACUCCCAGCACAAGAUUGCCCGUGUUUCAAAAGGGAGGCAGCCGUGCCAGCUGGAGAACCUCUCUCGCAGCUCCAUCCCCAGCAAAGAGCUGUCUCUAGAGCAGUUCGUGCUGCUUACAGGCAAGAUCAGCCUUUGCAUUUGAACCACCUUCUUGCAGAGGUGACAGGAAACAUCCUCUGGUUUAUGUCGUUCCAGCUGCAAAGGCCAGAGCAGUGUUCUUGAGGGAGCAAGCGAUGAGCACAUUUCCUGGUCAGCAGCCGCUGGCUCGCGCCAACGGUCAAGAGAGGCAGAAGAAAUCCCUUCAGAACAGCUCCCUCUCAAAAGACACCCUUCUGCUUGAUGAACCGCAGGGAAAGGCAUCCUAAACCAGGCACUUUGACCUUGUUUUCAGCCCAGGUUCCCAGUGCUGGUGCACUCGUGAGCCAGUCGCUGCCCAUCUGCCACCAAGGGGAAUCGCCUCCGAGGCCAGCUGUGCCAUGGGGAAAGGAAAGGGUGAGACGUCGGGAGAGUUUCAUUUAGUGCACAACACGGAUAAAGCCAUUCUCUCUGCAAUUAAAACUGAGGGUAUUUAAUUGAGUGAAAUGAGAUUUCAUUCCCCAUGACCUGUCUGAUUGUACUUUGAAUCUGGGCACGGGCUGCAGUGACCUGCCACAACAUUUGAGGUGUCACCAGCUGCAUUGUAGGUGGUAAAGUGGGAAAGGCAGGAGGGAGCCUCAGCAUCUCCCAUCCCGUGGGUGACUUCAUCACAAAGGACCAGGGCGGCGCCCGCUGGCUCCUGGGGCGGCUGUUGCCAGGCAACAGAGACACUAUAUUGUCCCCUGUCACCUGUGCCCCUCGCCCAUUUGGUCACUGGCCGUGGUGGGAUCACUUGCCGUGGUGGGAUCACUGUGGUGGUGGACUCAUUUUGGCAGUUGGAUUGCUUUCGUGGUGGGAUCGCUAUUGGUGGUUGCACCACUUUUGGUGGUAGGAUCGCUACUGGUGGUUGAACCACUUCUGGUGGUUGAACUGCUGUUGGUGGUUUUAUCACUUUCGGAACUUGGAUCUGUUUGGCGACUGGAUCACUUUCAUCACUCGGAUUGCUUUUGGCACUUGGAUCUGUUUGGUGACUGGAUCACUUUCUGUGGCAAGGAGGAGGAGGAGAAAGGCUGCUGGCUGCCCAUCCCUCCAACAUCAUCUCCGGACAGAAGAGCUCCCGUCUUCCCACAUCCAGUUCAGUGUUUUCGGGCAGAGCAGCAGCGAUGGCCACACGUGGACUGCUGGAGAUGCUGAACGCCGCCAUGGGGACACCCCAUUUGGGGGUUGUCGACUUGGUGGCACUGCACAAAUUGCUUGAGGCCAUCAUCGGGCAGCUGGGCCAGCAGGAGCUGUCUGUCCUGGAGCCAGAGCAGAGCCCGACCCCCGGUCUGGCAAAGGAUCAGGACAGCAAGGCCCAGCCUGGCCAGGAGAAGGAGGAGGAUGGAGCCCUGGGCACAGGGCAGCACCUCUGGAAACCAAAGCAGCAGCUGGAUGAGAAGGACACGCUGGAGGGGACCGGGAGCAACUCCAAGGUCUCCUCCGUGGCCAAGGAGGCCAUGCCAAAAACAACGGAAGAGGAGAAGAGAGAUGUCCCCAAGAAAAGGGCUUCGCUCCAGGACCUGUGGGAGGAGAUCAGCAAGUUUAAGGAGGCGCAGUCCAGCCUGGAACAGGACGUGCGGGAGAUGAAGGAGGCCAUGCAGGAGGCGCAUUCUGGCCUGGAACAGGACAUCCAGGAGGUGAAGGAGGCACAUGUCGGCCUGGCAGAGGACAUGCAUGCCCUGCAGGAGGCGCAUUCCGGCCUGGUGGAGGACAUCCAGGAGAUCCAGGAGACGCUUGGCCUGGAGGGUGGUGGGGGCCAGUCUGCCCCCGCUGAGCCCACCCAGGUGGCCAUGGACAGCCAGGCCAGGAGGAGCUCAGCACUGGAGCCAAAGGGACGUGGGACACAGCCUGGGAUGGAGACCAGCAAGGGGACUGCAGGGUCUGGCUCCCCGGGGAUGCAAGCAGGGAUACAGGGGCAACCAGCGACCCCUGUGAAGUUGUCAGGCGCUCCCUCCAUUCACAAGAGGUCUAUUGGUGCCAACGCCACCACCCCGGGGAUGCAGCCAGGAUCCCCGGGCACCCAGGCCAGCACCUCCCUGGGGACACAACCAGGGGCCCCUGAUGCCCAGGCCAGCACCGCGGGGAUGCAGGCAGGAUCCCCUGGGACCCACACCACCACCCCUGGGGUGCAGCCUGGGUCCUCCAGCUCCAAAGCCACCAUCCCAGGGGAUGCCCAAGAGCCGGCCAAGCCCUGGGGCUCCACCAGCACCUCAAGCUACGAGUCGGAGAUGCGGGAGGUGCUGUCACAGGUUGGGCAGCUCGGCCAGCUCUGCGCUGGUCUGAAGGAACAGGUGGAGCAGCUUAAAUCUACAAAAGCAGAAAGCACAGAUCUUGAGGACGUGCGCCGGCUCUUCCCAAAGGGAGGCCGGCAGAGCAUCACCAGCAUCCUGGCCGACCUCAGGUGCCAGGUGUCCUUCCUGCAGGACAUGGCCAGGGCCCUCCACGGGGAGAAGGAGAAGAUCAGCAAGGUGGAGGAUGCUCCCAGAAAGACGAGGGGGUCUGGAGCCGGUAGGAAAGCAGACGGCAGUGGCCAGAUGACCCAACAGCCGCGGCCCAAGGGACAGAAGGUCAAGGCAGAGCGCAAGGAGCUGGGGAAGCAGCAGGAGCCAACCCAGGCCGAGCUGGAGCAGUUUGCGGCCAAGUACGUGAAUAAGUUGGUGAUGGAGGCAGCACAGCAGCUGCAGGCAGAGCAGGUGGACGAGCCGAGGACGACGGUGCAGAGCGGGGGACACGAGCACGCAGGGUGCCACGUCUGCAGCCCGGACACCAGGGUGCUGCUGGGGAAGCUCCUCCAGCGCUGCGAGAAGCUCGAGGAGCAGGUGGAGUCCCUGGUCCAGAAGGCGGGCAGCAAGGUGGAGAGUCAUCCGAAGUGGAGGAGACAGUCCCUGCAGCAGGACGAGCAACUCAAGUGCCUCCAGGCCAGCAUCAUGCAGCUACAAAAGGACUAUGAGAAGUUGAGCUCGGCCCUUGCAAACCUCCAGCAGGAUCGUCAGCAGAAGCAGAAUGACAUCAAGGCUCUGUCCCAGGCCCUGGGGAGGCUGGAGAAGAAGCAAGCAGACAAGGAGGAGCUGCUGGUGCUGGGAAUCGAUGAGAAAGCAGACAAAGCCGCCCUGGCUGACAAAGUCAGUCGCAGCCAGCUUGAGGCGUGCGAGGAGCGGCUGACCAAGAUGAUGGAGGAGGUGACGAGCCAGGUGACGGGCCAGGAGAAGGGCUGGCACCAGUUCCAGCGAGAGCUGCAGAGACAGAUGGACUGCAAGCUGGACCGCCGGGAGCUGGGGGCGUUCCGGCAGCAGCAGGAGGAGCGGUGGAAGAGCCUCAGCGGGCAGCUCCAGGAGAAGGCGCUGCAGGCAGAGCGUGACGAUGCCGCUGGGAUUAGGAAGCAGCUGCUGCCCGGUUUCCAUUGCCUGUCCUGCGACCGGCCCCUCAACAUGCUGGCACCUGGACCGGAGCGGACGGGCGAGUGUAGAUACCCCACUGUUCCGCGGAGCUGCGGAGGCCAACACACCGUCACGCCCCCGCGUUUCCAGCCCCAACCGCCCAGCACCCCACGGCCAUCCAAACCCAGUGCCCGCAGCCCCAACAAGAAGGACGCGAUGCAGCUGUCGGGCCAGGACGGCACUGAUGGGAACCAGCAGGACGAGCAGCUCUCCAUGAUGGGGGGCUCUGAGCUGCCCACAAUGCCAAGGGCCACCCCAGACACCCCGACCUCCAGGAACCGGCCAAGCCCCCGCUCCUCGCUGAGAUCAGCCGUGCUGCAGCACCUACCAGUCUCGUCUCCCAGACGCUUCACCCUGGCACCGCAGCUGCUGCCGCCCAUCCCGCCCCCCCGCCGUGAACCAACCCCCUGACAGCCGGGCAGGACGGGGUCCCGGCCCCGGUCCCACCGCCCCGGGCACUGAGCAGGCAGCGGCUGCAAUAAAUGGCGAUGGGAAACCAAGCACCGGUGUGGUCUGAGAGGAGUCCCUGGGGCAGGAUGGCAGAAAGCCCCGCUGUGUUUGCUUUUUCAGGAGAAAAAUAAGUGCUAAAAAGGCGCUUUGGGGGUGCCCAGGUGGAUCCAGUUGGUAUCCAGGCCCCCCCAGAAGGAGCACGGGGAGCAAACCAGUGGGCACCAGGGCAGAGCCAGCAGAGGCCCAUCCUGCCCCCGGGUGGGGCUGAGGUGUCCAUGGGCUUCAGAAACACCCCUGGGACUAACUGGGGGGACGGGGUGAGGGGGGAACCAGGGGGCUGUGCAAGAAGCCGGGCUGGCUGUCGGCAGCCGGAGGAGGGGAGCGCUUUGCGCUUUGCUCUGGGUCAGGGGAUCCAGAACUGGGGGGACGCAGCAGCUUCGUGCCCCGCCCCGGGGUGCCCACGGCCGCCGUGUCGCAGAUGUAUUGUUAACCCCGUCUCCCCCCCACUUCCCCCUUUUGCCCCUCCCUCUCCCCGCUUCCCACUCAGGACAGGCGAUCCGGAGGGAAAGAAGGACACAGAGAAGAGAGUUGGAAAAACUGACAAUGUUUUACUAAUGCUAUAUUAAGAGUAGAGAAAAUAAUACAAAACCAAUCCUGAAAGUCUCAGCAACUGCAGAGCCAGCACCUGAAGUCCUGGACUGGACUCUGCAGCCAACCGGAGCUGGAUUCAGUCUCUCAGCAGGCCUCAGUUUGCAGGGACGACUAGCAAGGUCCUCUCCUAAUGUCACCAUAAGCAGAAGGGACGAAAAGGGGCAAAGAGGACAAGAUCCUCAUGAUCUGCCACUUCUAUAUGAAGUAUUCAUGUGAAGGGGAUGUUAUACACGGUUGGUCAGUUUGUUGGUCACCUGUUUCUUGUUGCUCCUCUUGCAAGAUGUGAAUCUGUCCUUAUCAACAAGUAAGCAUUCCCUUGCAAUGUUUAUCAAAACAUGUAUGUGUCUGGUUCUCCAGGAAAAGGCAGCUAAUAUGAAGCUUCAGCUGACAGGCAAAUUCAUGCUGUCUGCCUAUCAGAUUGCCGGAGGGGCGGGCGUCGAGGGCUGGGUACUGCGUGCCGCCCGCAGCCAAUGAUGGUGCGGAAGAGGCGGGCGUUGCGGUGUCCCUACUGCGCAUGCCCCAGUCGCGAGCGCUGAUAGGCGGAGAGGGAGAUGAUUGACGUGUCCCGGGGAGCGAACCGGGAUGCGGCAAGGGGCGGGUGCUGCAGUCUCCCUAGUGCGCAUGCCCAAACCGCGAGCGCUGAUAGGUCCGCGGUGUCUCGGGGCCGGGGCCGGGGGGGGGAGACCGGGAGCGAACGGGAACGGGGGUCGGGGCGGCUGCGGAGCGCUCGCUGCGGCCGGCGCCCGGGCAUCGGGAGGCGGGCGGCUCAGGGCCGCCCUUCGUGAGGUUCCCCGGAGGGGGCAGGAGGGCGGAGGGGAAGGAGGCGACAGCCGGGGACCUCCCGCCGCGGGCGUCUCGGGGGCGCGGCGGCUGUCGGUGCCCGCGGAGCCCGGCGGGACGGCGGGGGAGCGCGAGGGGAACGGAGCGGCGAAAGAGGCGGCAGGUGAGUGCGGCAGCGGCGAGGGUGACCGUGCCGUUGGAACGGGGGGAGCGGGAGGGGCCGGCGCGGCGCGGAGGCGUUCGGUUCCGGUUCCCCCCCCCCCCCCCGCCCUUACGGCCGCGCUGGCGAAGCUGCUGGGAGGCGUGCGGUCCGGAGCCGCGUCUCCCUCCGGCGCAGCGCCCGUGCCCGGUGCGGCAGCCCCUCCGGGAGCGGCGCAGCCCCCGUCGGUCGCGGGGACGGUUACAAGCAGAGCUAAGGCGCGGUUGCGGGCGGGCUGGGUGGCGUGGCGAGCGGGGCGCCGCUCCGGCGGGAGCUCGGGGCGAGCCCCGGCGGGUUCCGUGUCCUGCGGGCGCGGCUUUCGCGCCGCGGCUCUCUCUGUGCGCUUUUUUGUUUGGUCGCGUUUGUUUUUUGGGGUUUUUUUGGCGGGAUUCCCGCGAAACGCGGCACGACCGCUCGCCCGGGGCUGCCGCGGCGGGUCUCAGUGGCGCCGUCCUGUGGGCAAAGCGCGGUACUGCACCCGGCCGCCCCAACUUGGUGCCGCGGCGCGCCUCGGUGCUGCCGCCCUGUGGCGAAACUCGGGUACUGCAGCGCACGGCAAGGGGGGGGGCAGAGACGCCGAUCGAGCCGCGGGGGUUCGCGGUCGGGUCUGUGCGUGCCGGUGUCCGUCCCCCCCCGACGGGGGUCAGGUCCCCAUUGGUGUGCAAACGACAUCCCUCCCUCGGGGCCUCCUUAAACGUUUAAUGACGUAAAUAUUGCUCCUGCUAACGUUGUCGGCGCGGCUUCUUUCCUCAGGGGAUCCGUCCGGCAGUCGGUGGCCCACGGUUGCUCGGCAACAGCAGAAGCGGAUUGAAGGGACCGGCCGCUGGAGGAUGCCGAAGCCUCCCGGGUCAGCGAUGGGAGCAGCUUUGCAUAAAGCGAGGGGUACGUGAAGCCGGGCGUGCGGUGCCGACCGCCCAGCAGGUAAGGGAAGCUAAAGCUUUACCUCCAGGGACUUCUGCCCAGAAAGCUGAAGCAAUUGCUCUCGCGUGAGCUGUAGAGUUACGCAAAGAGAAGAAGAUUAGUAGCUGCACUGAUUCUAAGCAGGUUUCUUGAAGGGUGCGGGCCCUUGAAGCCGUUUGAAAAGAAUAAAGUGUAUUAACGGCACAAGGGAGGCAGAUUAAACGUGAUGCUCCGGUUGCUGGAAGCUGUGCUGUUGCUAGGAGAGUUGCCGUCACGCGUUGCAACGGGCCUCAGAAGGGAAACGCUGCUCAGGAAACUGGCCAUAAAUUGGCAGGCGCCGCUGUAAAACCAGCCACCGAGAGGACAGAGACCGGUACGGAAGCCGCGUCUCUGAGCCCAGGUGGCCGUGUCCUCCAGCCAACGUCAGGGAACUGUAACAAAGAGGAUAAGCAAUUAAUAGGAGAUUAAUAGCCCGAUCAGAAUUAGGGUCCAAAGGAGCCGUCACCGGCGACGGGAGAGCAGCGGCGCCUCGCGGCGCGAGGAGCUGACGCGCUCUGUCGAGAUCGGACGAACAGGUAAGAGCGAAUUUAGAAGCCCUGUGCGAACGAGGCAAUGGGAAACGUGCCUAGAAAACCAUCUUGAUGGUGCACGCGGGGUACAGACAAGAGCAGCCGGACGAGGGAAACGUACCAGGACAACACUGGCAAAGGGAGUUCUCCGAGCUGCCUGGAAAAGGGGGGUGUCGAUACCGGCCGGCACGAACGGCUCCCUUCUCGGGUCGGCCGGAAGCGUUGCCGUGCCGGGGGGCGGCUGCCGGCCUGCGGGCCGGGGCUGCGGCUGUUUGGGGCGCUGCCCCCGCUUUGUUUUCCUCGGGGAGCCCCCCCACGCUCGGGGGCUUGUGGGACGUGCACGUGCAAAUGACACGGUGUUCCCAGCUGCUCUGUUCUCUGCCUUGUUUUUUCAGGUGCCGGUCCCUGUUUUCUCUUCCCGCUUUUGAAGAGAAGCUGCCGAGUGAGCGUACGCUGCGGUGAAGUUCUACAAGAUGCGGCCCUCAGGAACCGGUUGACGUGAGGGAAAUGCUUUCUGACCGCCUGCGCGGUGAGGGGACGUUUUUCACCUUUUAGCUCCUUCUGCACGACAAGAGGGAGACGGAAGGUUAAGUAACACGUUGUUUAGGAGCUGAGAGCUUGGUUUGUAUUUAACUAAUAAUUAAGAGACGUGUUGUCAGCGAGAAACUAAACGAUUACAACUAACCUCAUCAAAUGAAGUAAAGACAGGCCAGCCAGGCGUGGUGGUGGAGUUGCUCUCUAUGUGAGAGAGCAGCUACAGUGUACUAAAUUCUGCCCAGGAGCGGAUGAGGAGCGAGUUGAGAGUGUAUGGGUCAGGAUCAAGGGGCAGGCUGGCAGGGGUGACACUGCUGUGGGCGUCUGUUGCAGGCCACCAGAUCAGGCUGAGGAAGCUGAUGAGGCCUUCUAUGGGCAGCUGAGAGCGGCCUCACGGUCACAGGCCCUGGUUGUUGUGGGGGAUUUUAAGUUCCCUGGUGUUUGCUGGAAGGACCGUUCAGCCAGCCAGCCACAGUCCAGGAGGUUCCUGCCGUGCAUCGGUGAGAACCGCCUCAUGCAGGUGGUGGAGGAGCCGACUGGGAGAGGUGCACUGCUGGAUCUCAUCCUCGCUAGCAAGGAGGGUCUGGUCGAAGCAGGAAAGGUUGAGGGCUGCCUGGGCUGCAGUGACCACGAGAAGGUGGAGUUCAGCAUCUUGUGUGGCAGGAACAGAACAGCAAGUAGAAUUGCAACCCUGGACUUUAGCAGGGCCAACUUUGGCCUUUUCAAGCAAUUGCUGGGGGAAAUCCCACGGGCAAGACUGCUUGAAGGAAAAGGGGCCCGAGAUAGCUGGGUUGCAUUCAGAGAUUGCUUCUUCCACGCUCAGGAUCAGAGCAUCCCCACACGAAGGGAGUCGAGGAAGGGAGCCAGGAGGCCUGCGUGGUUGAACAGGGACCUGUUGGGUGUGCUCAAGCAGAAGAGGAGAGUUUGCAGGUCAUGGAGGCAGGGGCUGGCCACUUGGGAGGAAUAUAAGGCUGCUGUUAGAGGAUGCAGGAAGGCAGCUAGGAUAGCCAAGGCCCCCUAGAAUUACAGCUGGCGAGAGGGGUCAAGGACAGCAAAAAGAGCUUUUUCAAAUACAUAGCAGAUAAAACUAACACCAGAGGCAAUGUAGGCCCACUGAUGAACGGGGUGGGUGCCCUGGUGGCAGAAGAUACAGAGGAGGCAGAAUUCCUGAAUGCCUUCUUUGUCUCUGUCUACUCUGCCGGAGGCCGUCCUGGGGAGCCCUGUACCCCUGAGACCCCGGAUGAAGCCAGGUCAGUGGAGGAGUUUGCUUUAGUCGAUGAGGACUGGGUUAGGGAGCAAUUAAAUAGUCUGGACAUCCAUAAAUCCACGGGUCCGGAUGGGAUGCACCCGCGGGUGCUGAGGGAGCCGGCUGAAGUCACUGCUGGACCGCUCUCCGUCAUCUUUGCCAAGUCUUGGGAAACGGGGGAGGUGCCCGAGGACUGGAGGAAAGCAAAUGUCACUGCAGUCUUCAAAAAGGGCAAGAAGGAGGACCCGGGUAAUUAGAGACCGGUCAGCCUCAGCUCUGUCCCUGGGAAAGUAAUGGAACAGCUUCGUCUGGACAACAGAGCAGUGAGGUGGGUUGCAAACUGGCUUAAGGAGAGAAGCCAGAGAGCGGUAGUCAAUGGUGCGGAGUCCAGCUGGAGGCCAGUAUCCAGUGCAGUGCCUCAGGGGUCAGCGCUGGGGCCAAUGUUAUUCAGUAUAUUCAUUAACGAUUUGGACGAGGGAAUAGAGUGCACUAUCGGCAAGUUUGCUGAUGACACCAAGCUGGGAGGGGUGGCUGACACGCCAGAAGGCUGUGCUGCCAUCAGAGACCUGGACAGGCUGGAGAGUUGGGCGGGGAAUAACCUGAUGAAAUUUGACAAGGGCAAGUGUAGAGUCCUGCACCUGGGCAGGAACAACCCCAGGUUCCAGUAUAGGUUGGGAAAUUACGUAUUAGAGAGCAGUGGAGGGGAAAGGGACCUGGGGGUUCUGGUGGACAACAGGAUGACCAUGAGCCAGCCCUGUGCCCUUGUGGCCAGGAAGGCCAAUGGCAUCCUGGGGUGUAUUAGAAGGGGGGUGGUUAGUAGGUGGAGAGAGGUUCUCCUUCCCCUCUGCUCCGCCCUGGUGAGACCGCAUCUGGAAUAUUGUGUCCAGUUCUGGGCCCCUCAGUUCCAGCAGGACAGGGAACUGCUGGAGAGGGUCCAGCGUAGGGCAACGAAGAUGAUUAAGGGAGUGGAGCAUCUCCCGUGUGAGGAAAGGCUGAGGGAGCUGGGUCUCUUUAGUUUGGAGAAGAGGAGACUAAGGGGGGACCUUAUCAAUGUUUAUAAAUAUAUAAAGGGUGAGUGCCAUGAGGAUGGAGCCAGGCUCUUCUCGGUGGCAAACAACGAUAGGACAAGGGGUAAUGGGAUCAAGCUGGAACACAAGAGGUUCCGCUUAAAUUUGAGAAGAAACUUCUUCUCAGUGAGGGUGGCAGAGCCUGGCCCAGGCUGCCCAGGGAGGUUGCGGAGCCUCCUUCUCUGCAGACAUUCAAAACCCGCCUGGACGUGCUCCUGUGCGACCUCACCUGGGCGUUCCUGCUCCAUGGGGGGAUUGGACUGGAUGAUCUUUUGAGGUCCCUUCCCGUCCCAAACAUACUGUGAUACUGUGAAGAGUGCGGCUUAGCAGCGCUGCUGACUCUGCCGUCCCGUUCCCUUCCCCGUUUCAGCCGGCGAGGCGGCCGGAGGACCCGCUCUGUGCGGCCGCGGGGCCCGCGGAGUCGAGGGCUCUGUCGGCGCGCCCCGGGGGUUUCUCUGGAGAGCCUCCUCGUCUCGGUCGCGUCGCGGCGGGGACGGACGAGGACCUCUGGCGAGGGGUCUUUCUGCGCUGGGAGCCGGGACCGGGCACGCGCUCGCGGGGCGUCCGUAAGUCGCGGUACGGAAUUUAGGCAGGAUAGCGCGCACGGGCUUGCGAGCGCCUUACAGGCGUGCGGUGGUUGCUCGUGCGGCCAGCUUUUGGUGUCGGUUGUUCCGGCGCUCCGUCGCGGUGUAGAGCCGGCCCCGUACGUAGCGAGGGGGAGCUGUGACCGCCCCGUGCUCAGCAGACCCCCCAGCCCGGGUGGGGGGAGCAGCGCCGGAGCGGGAGACGCGGCUCCGUCCUCCGUCCCCAGCGUGCCGGGGGGCGGCUGCCGGCCUGUGGGACGUGGCUGCGGCUGUUCGGGGCGCUGCCCCCCCAUGUUUGGGCGCUCUGAGCAGCCCGAUGUGCUGUUAAAGGUUGUGGUGGUGCGGGUCAGGGAUCCCCAGGCGGUGCCGAGACUGCAGGACGGCUGCUGGUGGAACAAAGUCAAGGACAGCUUCUCAGAGACAGGCGAUCCGGAGGGAAAGAAGGACACAGAGAAGAGAGUUGGAAAAACUGACAAUGUUUUACUAAUGCUAUAUUAAGAGUAGAGAAAAUAAUACAAAACCAAUCCUGAAAGUCUCAGCAACUGCAGAGCCAGCACCUGAAGUCCUGGACUGGACUCUGCAGCCAACCGGAGCUGGAUUCAGUCUCUCAGCAGGCCUCAGUUUGCAGGGACGACUAGCAAGGUCCUCUCCUAAUGUCACCAUAAGCAGAAGGGACGAAAAGGGGCAAAGAGGACAAGAUCCUCAUGAUCUGCCACUUGUAUAUGAAGUAUUCAUGUGAAGGGGAUGUUAUACACGGUUGGUCAGUUUGUUGGUCACCUGUUUCUUGUUGCUCCUCUUGCAAGAUGUGAAUCUGUCCUUAUCAACAAGUAAGCAUUCCCUUGCAAUGUUUAUCAAAACAUGUAUGUGUCUGGUUCUCCAGGAAAAGGCAGCUAAUAUGAAGCUUCAGCUGACAGGCAAAUUCAUGCUGUCUGCCUAUCAGAUUGCCGGAGGGGCGGGCGUCGAGGGCUGGGUACUGCGUGCCGCCCGCAGCCAAUGAUGGUGCGGAAGAGGCGGGCGUUGCGGUGUCCCUACUGCGCAUGCCCCAGUCGCGAGCGCUGAUAGGCGGAGAGGGAGAUGAUUGACGUGUCCCGGGGAGCCAACUGGGAUGCGGCAAGGGGCGGGUGCUGCAGUCUCCCUAGUGCGCAUGCCCAAACCGCGAGCGCUGAUAGGUCCGCGGUGUCUCGGUGCCGGGGCCGGGGGGGGGAGACCGGAGGCGAACGGGAACGGGGGUCGGGGCGGCUGCGGAGCGCUCGCUGCGGCCGGCGCCCGGGCAUCGGGAGGCGGGCGGCUCAGGGCCGCCCUUCGUGAGGUUCCCCGGAGGGGGCAGGAGGGCGGAGGGGAAGGAGGCGACAGCCGGGGACCUCCCGCCGCGGGCGUCUCGGGGGCGCGGCGGCUGUCGGUGCCCGCGGAGCCCGGCGGGACGGCGGGGGAGCGCGAGGGGAACGGAGCGGCGAAAGAGGCGGCAGUGGAUCCGUCCGGCAGUCGGUGGCCCGCGGUUGCUCGGCAACAGCAGAAGCGGAUUGAAGGGACCGGCCGCUGGAGGAUGCCGAAGCCUCCCGGGUCAGCGGUGGGAGCAGCUUUGCGUAAAGCGAGGGGUACGUGAAGCCGGGCGUGCGGUUUGUUUGUUGGUCACCUGUUUCUUGUUGCUCCUCUUGCAAGAUGUGAAUCUGUCCUUAUCAACAAGUAAGCAUUCCAUUGCAAUGUUUACCAAAACAUGUAUCUGGUUCUCCAGGAAAAUGCAGCUAAUAUGAAGCUUUAGCUGACAGGCAAAUUCACUGAAAGAGAAACUUGUUUUUUAAUGAAACCAGGACAGCCCCCUCCCCAAUCCCCUCAGGACUCCUCUGAUUCCCAUCUGCUCCUCUCAGGACAGCUGAGCUUGUCUUUUGGGGCCCCUGAGAGCCCCCAUUUACCUUCUUUUACCUACCUUUGUUGUUGUUCCCAGCCUAUCCUGUUGUUUUCCAUCCUUCAGGACUUACUUAUUACUGUUGUGAGAGUCCGAGAGAAAAGGAGGAGUGUCUGUGACUUACAACCGUCGUUGUUGAUCUACAGUGUUUUAGAGACGGAUUCUUGCAGGAUCUAUUUCUGGUUCGUCCUUCACUCCUCCCCAGACCGCAGCGCUGGUCCGAGUUCCCCAGCACACGUGUGUGUGUCCAGCCGGGUACGCUGGGGGAGCGCGUCAGGGCGGGCAGACGGCUGAAUGGACGCGCUGUCAGCGACUGCGGAACGAGCUGGGGCUGCUUUGACCGUGUCCAGCCUUGUGCGUGUGGUUUGUUUUCACUUGCAGGCUGAAACAGCAGUUUCCUUAAUUAAAAACACCCCAACAUGUCCCCCGGCCCCCAACAAAAAUAACGCCAAAAAUGCCACUGAAAGAAACACAGGGAGUUUUUAAAAAAUUUCCUUUAGCUUUCUCCCCCCUCCACCCCUACCCUGCUGCGUUCAGUGCAGUGAAUGACCGUGAGGAGAUGGCUGUGGAUCUGGCUGUUGAAGGGUGUGUGAAGGAGAAGGAGGUGUGUGUAGAGCAGGAUUGGUGGUGGAGUGUGACUCUGUGCAGGUUUGAAAGGUGCCACGUGCAGAGCUCCCUCAUUUGCCACCAGAUCUCCCAAUCACAGAGACAGCGUCGCUGUGCAGCUGCUAAGGACAGCGCGUCUCGUGCAGAACAGCAUCCUUUGUGCUCCGUGUGCGUGUUCCUCCUUUGAAAUGAAGUUGUGCCGCCCGGUGUUCCACGUUACGUGUGGUACCUGCUGGGCUGAGUCUCCUCCCCGCGCUCCGGUCGGUUCCGUCGCGCUGCCGCAGCCCCGGCAGCACCGCGGCGUUCGCUGGACGCGUUGUUGGCGGAGCCGGCACCGACAAUCUUGACACGUCGAGGUGCUGCGGUGGGUUUGCCUGGGAAUUCCAAGGUAAUUCCAAGGCAGACAGUAAUAAUCCCCAAUUUAUGUAGUAAAAUUUAAAAGAGUGGAAUAUAAAUACUGGAGCGCUAAUUGGAAGUAAUACCUGUAGAGAAAAAAACCUCUAGUUUAUAUCUACAAUAAAAAAUAAUGUGUGCUAGUAAAUCCGCCUGGUAGUAAUGUAAUGAUAAAAAUGUUAAAGUGUAAAUAGAUGAAAUUAUAUAGGCAUGAGCAAGAAGUAAAUUUAAUUUCAGCUAUUACUUGGUGAACUAGGCAGCAGUUGGUCCCAAUCUGAAUGCUAGUUUAAAAAACACAUUGUUUGGAAUUCCUUUUAAAUGAUAAAGGCAGAAAACUAAUGUGGAGUCAUUGGUAGCUUCAUUUGAACAACCGUUAUGAAAUAAACCGCAGACACGAAUGACUGCAUAGGAAACAAAGUGAGGAAGCUUUAGAUUUUAAACAGCAUUGGAAAGUGAUCGGGAGUGUUUAGUAUUUAAAUUAUAACAGAGCCACGAGAUGGGAGGCAACAAAGCUCAGAACCAAACAGAGUCAAAACGUUACAUUUCUUUUUUUAAAGAGAAGUAUAAUGGAACCACGAAGUAGUGGCUGUUUAUAAACAGAGGUAUUAAAAAGUUCCCAGGCAGUAAUGAUUCCCAACAGAACACUAAAAGAUAUUUAGAUGUAAAAUAAUAUUAGAAAACAGUUAUGACAGUCUGAAUUUAACCACAGCUUUUUUGGGGUUGUGCAAAAACAUGACCGCUAUUAAUUACCUCUGAGUUAAAAUAAAAAGACAUCAAACUAGCUGUGAUUAACAACAGCUAAUUUUAAUUUUUCAGUGUGCUAUCCAGUCCGGCUUCUCCCUCCAAGGGCGUGGUCUGAGAAAGCCACACCCCCAACUCCACCCCGUCCAAGCUCCGCCCCUGCCAGUCUGUGCCCUCCCCGAGGCGCGUGUCCCUUACAGACCCCUCCCAGCAGCAUAAUGCAUCGAAGCCCCGCCCGCGGCUCCACCCCUAAACUCAGCCCCUGCUAAACCACGCCCCCUCAGAGCACGUGCUGUACAGAGCCCACCCUACUCUCGGCUCCACCCCUCCCUUCCUAAGCUACGCCCUCUUUGGGCGUGUCCUUCUCCGUACCCCAAGCGGCUCCUCCUAUGGGGGUGUGACACACGGAGGCCCCACCCCCUGCCCAGUUCCCCCAGGUGGGCCUCCCAAUGGGCGUGUCCUCCUAGUCCCCGCCCCUCAGCACGGAUCCCACCCCCGUGGGUGGGGCUACACCCAGCUGCGCGGGCGGCCCCCCCACCCAUGCGUGACCCUCAGUAACCCCAUGGCAGCCCUAUGGCUGCCCCACAGGUACCGCUACAGCAGCCCUGCUCCUGCCCCGCAAGAGCUCCAGACACGCCUCUGCAGAGCCCCCACAGCAGCCACUUCAGUGCCCCACAGCUAUCACCGCAGCCGCCCCAUCGCGCCCCACGGCCGCCGCUGCGGGACCCCUGGAGCCCCCGGCCCCACACCCGCCCCGCAGCCCCACAGCGCGCGGUCUCGCGGCCGCGGUGCCGGUGAAGCCACGUGCCGGCCGCGGCCGGAGGAGCCGCCGGUUUUCCCCCCCCGCCCCCCCCGAUCGCUGCUGCCGCGGCCGGAGGAGCCGCCGGUUUCCCGCCCACACAUCCCCCGAUCGCUGCUGCCGCGGCCGGAGGAGCCGCCGGUUUCCCCCCCUCACACCCCCCGAUCGCUGCUGCUGCCGCGGCCGGAGGAGCCGCCGGUUUUCCGCCCAGCCCCGACUCUCCUCCUUCCUCCUCAAUCGCCGCUGCCUGCCGCCACGAUGUCUUCUCUUCCGCCAUCUUGUUUCCCCCUUCUGCGCUCAUUCGCUAUUUUAUACCGAGGGAGGGAGGAGGCGCUCGCUGAUUGGCUGACAGUGUCAGCCUCGGAAGUCGUCCAUUGGCUCAUCCCCACGAGGGGUUCUCCGAGGGGGUGGGAGAAAGGCGCUGAUUGGUCACCGUGUCGCUGAGGGGAGGAAGGCACUGAUUGGUCACUUUCCGCCGAAGUUCGCCCUCCCAGUAACAGGCGCUGAUUCGCUAGCGCCCCUGAGGUAGAAAAGGCGCUGAUUGGUCGGCGUUUUCUCGCCGACGUUAGCCCACAGCAACGAAGCGCUGAUUGGGCAGCGCGGCUGACGGGGCGGCUCGGCCAUUGGCAGGAGGGCGGGCGGGGGGCGGGACCGGGCGGGACAACGAGGUAAUAAAUGGGGCGGCGCAGAACGCGCGCAGGACCAGAAAGGCGGAGGCGGCAGCGGCAGCGCGAGCUCAUCGGCCCCCCCCCCCCCCCCCCCCCGCCCCCCCGCGGCGGGAAACCGGAGAACGGCAGGAACGGCGGCCGGAAUCAGUUAACGGGGUGGGUAAGGGCGGUAAUUAUCGUGCGGGUGUUAAUUGGGGCUCGGCGGGUUAAUGAGUGACCGGCGGGCUGGGGUGUAUCUGGGGGUUUUGAUCGGAACUGGGGUUUUAAAGCCGCGGGUUUGGGGGGGGGGCGGGGCGGGGGCGAUUAAGGCUCCCGGAGCCGCUUUAGCGGCUUAAAUCUUUGUGUUGAACGCGGGAGGAGCCGGUUCGGGGCUUUUCUCAGCAAUCGGGGCUGGUUUGGGUCCAAUUCGGCUUUUAAAAGAUGUUUUUACGUAAUUUUUGGGUGCCGAUUUGUGCCAGAAGGCGCCUGUGAAAUCUGUUUAUUGAGGGUUUAUCAGGAGAAUUAAAGUUUAAAGCUCGGGGAGAUUUGGGGCUUUUCCCCGGGAUUUUGAGUCCAAAUCGGUUUUUUUAGAGCCCUUAUUUAUUUAAAUUGUUAUGUUUAAAGGGUUUAUUUGAGGUUUUAUUUGGAACAUUUUGGGCGGGUUUGAGGCUCCUAAGAUUUAAUUGUUGGUUUAUUAUUUGAUUUAUUAUUUCACUGCGGUGCGGGGCUCCUGAAGACGCUGAGUUGUUUCAAUUAUUUAGCGCUGUGAGGACCCGUUUUGGGGCCGUUGGGGUCUAAAUCGGCUUUUUGAAAGGUUUAUUUAACGCGUUUAAAGUUUGAGGGGCCGAUUUGCGACUUUAAAGCUUUUUGAAUCUACUUAUUGAUAAGAAUUUAUACAAUAGAUUAAUAUUUAAAGCCCGGGGGGAGAUUUGGGGCUGUUUCCCAGGAUUGCGAGUCCAAAUGCGUUUUUUUCUGUUAACCGCUUAUUAAUUUAAAUUAUUAUAUUUAAACGGGGCUUUUUGAGGUUUUAUGAGGGUUUUUUUGAGCAUUUUGGGCGGUUCUGAGGCUCCUAAAGCCGCUUAAUUGUUUAAAUUAUUAAUUGUUAAAAUAAUGUAAGUAGUUGUUGAAAUAAGUGUGUAAGUUAUUGUAUUUAAAGCCGGGAGGGGCAUUUCGUUGCUUUUUGGGGGGUUUUAGGGCUGAAUUCACUUCAUUGAACGUGUCUAGAGCUGGGGGUCCCAGAUCUGGUGCUGAUUUGGCCCCAAAAAAAGCUUUAAAAAUCUAUUUAUUUAUAUAAUUUACUGAAUUAAUAUUUAAGCGGGAACAUGUUCGCCUUUUUUAACCCGCCGCCAUUUUGUCUCCCCCGUCCCGCUCUCCCUCACGCUGAGGGGGCCGAGGAGACGCUCGCUGAUUGGCCGGUGCCGUCUGGCGGGAAAGCCUCCCCCGGCUCAGCCCCGCUCGGCUGUCUCCGAGGGAGAGAAAGGCGCUGAUUGGUCGCUGCCUCUGAGGAGAGAAAGGCGCUGAUUGGUCGCCGCCUCCCUAAACCCACCUCCUGCGCAGAGAACAGCGAAGGCAGCCUGGCCACGCCCCCUCCGGCUGACCGCGCCCCCCGCUCCGGCUGACCGCGCGUGCCCCCCCCGCAACUCGGCUGACCGCGUGCCCCCCCCAACUCCGGCUGACUGUGCCCCCCCGCCCCCCGGCUGAUCCCGUGCCCCCCCCACUGCACUCCUGCUGACUGUGCCCCCCCCACCUCCUCCGGCUGGCCACAUCUCCACUGCACACCAUGGCGGGGAAGGGGCGGGGGGGGAUCACAAGGGUCUAUGGGGCGGUGUGGGGGUCAGGGCGGCUGUGGGGUCAAUGGGGUUGUUGUGGGGUGAAACACCCCUGAAGAGGCUGAACACCCUGCAGGUGAGUGACCCACACAGUGCCCCACAGUGCCCCAUAGCACCUCCAUUCUGCCCUACGGAUCCACAACACUGCCCCACAGCACCCUAUAGCUCCUGCUUGCUAUCCCACAGCACCCCAUGGCUUCUCCACUCUGCCCCAUAUGUCUACAGCAGUGCCACAGAGUACCUCAUAUGUCUUCCACUCUGCCCCAUGGGUGCAGAGUGCUGCCCUACAGCACCCUAUAGCUCCUGUACUCUGCCCCACAGAUCCACAGUGCUGUCCCACAGCACCCUAUAGCUCAUGUGGCCUAUAGACCCACUGUACUGCCCUACAAUGCCCCAUGGCUCCUACACUCUGCCCCAUAGACCCACAACACUGCCUCACAACACCCCAUUGCUCCUGCACUCUGCCCCAUGGAUGCCCAGUACUGCCCCACAGCACCAUAUAGGUCCUGUACUCUGCCCCAUAUAUCCACAGGAGUGCCCUGCAGCACCCCAUGGCUCCUGCACUCUGCCCCAUGGAUGCCCAGUACUGCCCAACAGCACCAUAUAGGUCCUGUACUCUGCCCCAUACAUCCACAGGAGUGCCCCCCAGCACCCCAUGGCUCCUGCAUUCUGACCCAUGGAUGCCCAGUACUGCCCCACAGCACCAUAUAGGUCCUGUACUCUGCCCCAUACAUCCACAGGAGUGCCCCCCAGCACCCUAUGGCUCCUGCAUUCUGACCCAUGGAUGCCCAGUACUGCCCAACAGCACCAUAUAGGUCCUGUACUCUGCCCCAUACAUCCACAGGAGUGCCCCCCAGCACCCUAUGGCUCCUGCAUUCUGCCCCAUGGAUGCCCAGUACUGCCCAACAGCACCAUAUAGGUCCUGUACUCUGCCCCAUACAUCCACAGGAGUGCCCCCCAGCACCCUAUGGCUCCUGCAUUCUGACCCAUGGUGGAUGCCCAGUACUGCCCCACAGCACCAUAUAGGUCCUGUACUCUGCCCCAUACAUCCACAGGAGUGCCCCCCAGCACCCCAUGGCUCCUGCACUCUGCCCCAUGGAUGCCCAGUACUGCCCCACAGCACCGUAUAGCUCCUCUACUCUGCCCCAUACAUCCACAGGAGUGCCCCCCAGCACCCCAUAGUGACUCUACUCUUCCCCAUAGACCCACAGUGCUGCCGCACAGGACUCUACUCUGCCCCUUAGACCCAGAGAGCUGCCCCACAGCAGCCUGUAGGUGCUGCAUUCUGCCCCAUUGGUGCAAAGUGCUGCCCCACAGCGCCCCACACCUCUGUCCACCUGACCACCCUUCCCUCCUGACUGCGCCUGCACUGCCCACUAUGGGUGGGUCACAAGGGUCUAUGGGGCGGUGUGGGGGUCAGGGGGGCUGUGGGGUCAAUGGGGUUGUUGUGGGGUGAAACACCCCUGAAGAGGCUGAACCCCCUACAGGUGAGUGACCCACACAGUGCCCCACAGUGCCCCAUAGCACCUCCAUUCUGCCCUACGGAUCCACAACACUGCCCCACAGCACCCUAUAGCUCCUGCUUGCUAUCCCACAGCACCCCAUGGCUUCUCCACUCUGCCCCAUAUGUCUACAGCAGUGCCACAGAGUACCUCAUAUGUCUUCCACUCUGCCCCGUGGGUGCAGAGUGCUGCCCUACAGCACCCUAUAGCUCCUGUACUCUGCCCCACAGAUCCACAGUGCUGUCCCAUAGCACACUAUAGCUCAUGUGGCCUAUAGACCCACUGUACUGCCCUACAAUGCCCCAUGGCUCCUACACUCUGCCCCAUAGACCCACAACACUGCCUCACAACACCCCAUUGCUCCUGCACUCUGCCCCAUGGAUGCCCAGUACUGCCCCACAGCACCAUAUAGGUCCUGUACUCUGCCCCAUAUAUCCACAGGAGUGCCCUGCAGCACCCCAUGGCUCCUGCACUCUGCCCCAUGGAUGCCCAGUACUGCCCAACAGCACCAUAUAGGUCCUGUACUCUGCCCCAUACAUCCACAGGAGUGCCCCCCAGCACCCUAUGGCUCCUGCAUUCUGACCCAUGGAUGCCCAGUACUGCCCCACAGCACCAUAUAGGUCCUGUACUCUGCCCCAUACAUCCACAGGAGUGCCCCCCAGCACCCCAUGGCUCCUGCACUCUGCCCCAUGGAUGCCCAGUACUGCCCCACAGCACCGUAUAGCUCCUCUACUCUGCCCCAUACAUCCACAGGAGUGCCCCCCAGCACCCCAUAGUGACUCUACUCUUCCCCAUAGACCCACAGUGCUGCCGCACAGGACUCUACUCUGCCCCUUAGACCCAGAGAGCUGCCCCACAGCAGCCUGUAGGUGCUGCGUUCUGCCCCAUUGGUGCAAAGUGCUGCCCCACAGCGCCCCACACCUCUGUCCACCUGACCACCCUUCCCUCCUGACUGCGCCUGCACUGCCCACUAUGGGUGGGUCACAAGGGUCUAUGGGGCGGUGUGGGGGUCAGGGCGGCUGUGGGGUCAAUGGGGUUGUUGUGGUGUGAAACACCCCUGAAGAGGCUGAACCCCCUACAGGUGAGUGACCCACACAGAGACCCACAGCAGCCCAUAGCACCUCUGCCCUAUAGAGUCACUGCACCCCAUAGCUGCUUUUACUCUGCCCCAUAAAUGGACAGCAGUGCUCCACAGCACCCUAAGUCUCCACUGUGCCACAUAGACACACAGUGCUGUCCCACAGCACCCCAUAUCUUGUUCACUCUGCCCUAUAGACCCACAGUGUAACCCUACAGCACCCCAUAGUUCCUCUGCCCUAUAGAUCAACAGCACUGUCCCAGAAAACACCAUAGCUUCUUCCCACUAGCCCAUAGGCCAGCAAUUCUGCCCUACAGCGCACUAGCUCCUGCACCCUAUCCCAUAGACCCACAGCAGUGCUCCACAGAUCCAGUCUGCCCUAUACAGCCACAGCACUGCUCUGCAGCACCAUAUACUUCCAGCACUCUGGCCCAUUGAUAUGUAGCACCCCACAGCUGCUGCAUUCUGCCCAUAGAUCGAGAUUCCUGGGUCCCUUCACCCCACCAGCUGUCCUGGGUUGCGAUGCUGCACGGGGCCCUGUGCACAACAAAAUGAGGACAGCAUGGCUGCUGGGCGCCACCCUGCUUGGAAUCCGAGAUGGCUGGGGGGGGAGGGCUGGCAGCCAUGCUGGCACUGCCGGAGGGGCUGUUGGUCUGCGCCGUGCUCAGGCGGCAGCUCCCGGCUGUAUCGGCUGCUCCUGUGGCCCUGCACCCUGCCCAUGGGAACAAGGUGGCUGCCCUGAUGGGCGUGGCCAUCUCGGCUGCUGUGUCCCUGCUGGUGGGCGGGGCCAUGGCUGUCAUGGCUGCCAAGCCUGUGCUGGAAGGGUGGGGCUGAGGUGGGUGGGGCCUGCCUAGGGUGGCCAUUCUGGGGUGGGGCCCAAGGUGGGUGGUGGGGCCUGUGACUCUGUUUGCCCCUGACGGCCAUCUUGGAAAAGGGCAGCACUGUGCCGCUGCCAUCCUGACGUUGCUCCCCCAGGGCCAUGUUGGGGGAUUUUUAACCUGGUUUUGGGGCCAAUUCUCACCCAAUAAAAUUAAAUAAUGUAAAAAAA